AUGAAGCUUACAAAUGCCAUUGGACUUCUCUUCACCGUCCUUACCACUGCUAACCCAUUCCCCCUCCUAGGCCUUUCUUCAGGCCUUGGACUGACAGUUGUCUCUCGGCGCAAACAUCACUCUAUCGAGUCACUCUAUGGCAAAUCAGACCUUGCCAAGCGCGGCGGUAUCUUUGCGACAAGCGCCCAGCUCACAGACUUUGGUCAGUACACGGGCUGCGUUAUCGUUCAGGAUGAGCCAGAAGUGUAUUCCCAUGUGAAUGCAGAUGAGACUUGGACGUUCUUGGACCGUGGUGCCUGGGUCGAUGUGAAGGAUGGAUAUGUGUCCUGCACACAAUUUCAAACGGUAGAUUUGCCAGUUUAG